AUGAAGUCUAAUACAACGGGAACGGGAGUAAUAGUGGACACUAACGGUCUGAUUGUAACCAACUGUCAUGUCGUCAAAGAUGUCGAUGUCGUGGGAAUCAAAUUCCCCGAAGAGUUGAGUAAAUCAGACAUUUUUGCCGAAAUAGUGGACAGCAAUGAAUUGGUUGAUCAGGUGUUGGGACGCGUUGUAUAUACAGAACCACAGCUGGACUUAGCGUUGAUUAGAGUACCGCACGUAAAGUCCGGCGCUUUGACGGCCUGUAAUAUGGAGGACAAUCGGUGGCCAACCGCUGGCCAAGAGGUGAUAUGUGUUGGAAAUCCUGACAGUGGAGACAGUGUUGUGACGGGUGUUAUCUCAAGCGUUGAGAAAAUGCCGUCAAUUGACGCUUACAAUUGUUUGGCAAACUUUGACCACAAAUAUAUCAACAACACUACCCCUACGUCCAGAGGCUUUUCCGGCGGUCCACUUGUCAACAGUGAUGGACAUCUGAUUGGCAUUCACUUCAGCGGUGGACUCAAUAGCGGCAGUCAUGCUAUUCAUGUCAAUGAUGUUAAAGAUUUCAUAAUUAGAGGCAAAGAGUUUGAAGAAGAAGUGGGAAAGAAGUGCUAUUCAUUUGCCAAUAGGAAAGCGCUGGGAGUUGUGUUGAAUCGGAUGGACAGUGGGUUCAGAGUUUGCAAGUUUACCAAAAAUAAUCCAUUGGAUAAUGAGAUGUAA